CCCCUGUCCUCUGCCCUGCCAGCAGUGACCCCUGUCCUCUGCCCUUCCAGCAGUGACCCCUGUCCUCUGCCCUUCAGCACAGUGACCCCUGUCCUCUGCCCCGCCAGCAGUGACCCCUGUCCUCCUGCCCUGCCAGCAGUGACCCCUGUCCUCCUGCCCUGCCAGCAGUGACCCCUGUCCGCCCCCGCAUCAGUGACCCCUGUCCUCUGCCC